CACAACUGUUCAAAAGACCCAACAGCAACAGUUUGCCUCAGACAGGGGCAGCUGCAUUCAAACAGACACGUGACCGAGGGGGAGACAGACACUUGGUGAAAUCCGUAUUUUCGUUUACUCGUUGGAAGGAGUUUCAGGAGAAUACUAUUAAUCCUGAAAUCAGGUUAUGUCCAUUUUCCCAAAGACGAGUUUUUGUAAGUACACAAGGAAACACUGUUAGAUAACGCUACAGGAGACAGUAAGUAAUCCUCCCCUGUGAUCAGCUAACACAAUGAAUACAAAGACCCAGUGGUCGCGUUUCAUGUAGGUCCAGAUGGAAAUUUGUGCUGGUUCCAACUGCAGCACAGGAAAUGACAUUUCCUACAUUUGCAGGAGAGGAGUGAUUAGAAAGGGAGGGUGUUUCUAACUGAGAACAGAACAAGUACUGUUUCAUAUUACACACACAGACCAAAUUACUGGGACUCCUUUCGCGAAGACGUUUAGCUGAGUUUAUGGAGCCUGUGUGUCUGAAAAAUGAAAAUCUCUUCAGUGGUCAUAGUUCUCCUGACUAGAGCUUUAAUUGGAGAAGUGUGUGGGGCCCUGAAUGUCACUGUGUCUCCCGGACCCAUCACUGUCUCGAUGGAGGGCGAGAACGUCACUCUCUCCUGCCAUGUCUCUCAGAGGAAAAAGUCUAACAGCCAUCUGGUCAUCCGCUGGGUGUUCUCUCUGGUGUCGGGCGAAGAGCACCUGAUUGUCAAAAUGAACAUGAGGAGGGUGCAAGUGUACGGAAACGACACAAGACGCUUCAAUCAGCAGAAGCAGAUGCUUGUAGAAGAGACGGCGGGAACAAUCUACAAUCUGGUCCUUUUGAACAUUUCACAAGAAGACAAAGGCCACUACAUGUGUAAAGUCCAGGAAAUACGGAGACACCGGAAUAGAUGGAGAGCCUCGUCAAAUGGCACAGCAGCCACAGAAUUAAGAGUGCGUGUCUCACCCGUUGUGCGGGGCAAUGAAGGGAUCUGGCGUCUUUUCGAAGAUGUGUACCUGUGUGCGGUGCUCAUCUGCUCCGUCGGGAUAAUGUGUGUGUUUGUGUUCACCGUCAUCCUGAUCUGCCAGUGUCUGCACAGGAAAAGCCGUUUAAAAGCGAGCUAUUAUUUGGUCAAGAGUCCACAGAACAGCUCUGGGGAGACUGUAACCAGCGUUGUUAGCUCCUCGCCCGUGCUUCCCAAGAAAGAAAAGAAAUUCAAAAAGAAAAAGAGCAAAGAAAAUGCUGACGUGCCUCCAGAAAUCCCAGCGAAAGCUCCUAUUGCCGAUAUGCCCAGAAGGCCCAAACUUCUGAAAGCCCAGCCCAGGAAGGCGGUGCUGCCGAGGAUUGCAGAGGAGAGCCUGACGUACGCAGAACUGGAGCUCGUCAAGCCCCAGCCGGAGACCCGGGCAGCCUGCACAGGGACCGUGUACGCUCAGAUUCUGUUUGAGGAGAAACAGCUGUAAAUAUUCCUGUACCAUAAUCAGAUAAAUUACUAUAUUGUUUAUUUAUAAAAAACAUUUUUUCGUUUUGUCUGUUCUUUCAUGUUUCUGUUUCAAAGCUUAGAUUUUUUGUCUUCGUGUGGAUACACUUCUGUUCUAUUCUGCUAGAUCAGUUUACCUAAAAGGAUAAAUCUUCAACCUCUUGAGAUCUAAUAGAAUAGACAAAAAGAAAUAACUGAACAAAUAUAUAUUGUAUAUUUUUGAAGAAAUCUUACAUUGAUGAAGAGUCAUGUCCAGUAGCAUCCUGAGAUCAAAUACCAUGUGUCUGUCUAUCUUGUAAAACAUGAAAAUUUAAAUUUUAUUUUAGGACAAAAGAUAAGUAUGGAAAUUUAAAUAUAA